CCACAAAGAACAUGCUUAGCCAGAUACCAGUUUAGUUGCACAUUUCAGGCACAGAAUCUCUCAGGAAGAUGCAAUCCAGCAGCUGGAAGUUCCCCACCUUGAUACUUUGUGUGUAUGGAUUCUUCUCCACUAUGAGGCCUUCGGAACCAUUCCUUACACCAUACCUCACGGGUCCUGACAAAAACUUAACCAUAGAGGAGGUCACAAACAACAUUUUUCCAGUCUGGACAUACGCAUAUCUGGCGAUCCUAUUUCCAGUUUUCUUGGCCACUGACUAUUUAAGAUACAAACCUGUCAUUAUUUUACAAGGGCUCAGCUUUGUCGUUGUAUGGGUGAUGCUCCUGUUUGCACAAGGAGUGCUGGCAAUGCAGUUCAUGGAGUUCUUUUUUGGCAUGGUGACAGCCACCGAAGUGGCAUACUUCUCAUACAUUUAUAGUGUUGUCAGCAUUGACCGCUACCAGAAAGUGACCAGUUACUGCAGGAGCAUCCAGUUGGUUGCUUUCACUGUUGGUUCAGUGCUGGGUCAGCUCUUGGUUUCCUCAGGAGGACUUUCCUAUUUUUAUCUCAAUGUCAUUACCUUAGUCUCGGUAUCUGUGGCAUUCAUCUUCUCGUUUUUUUUGCCAAUGCCCAUGAAGAGUAUGUUUUUCCACAGGAGAGUUAGUGAAAUCACUGCAGGUGAAGGGGAUGCACAGCCAUGCCCAUCACAUGAUGUUCUUCCAAAGGGCCUUGUCAAAAACUUGCAUGAGAGCACUAGCAUGCCAGCAGACACUCCAAAUAGUAGUACAGAGAAAGGAGACACUCGUUUCCUAAAGAUUCUUGCGCAGUUGUGGUUUGACUUUAUUACAUGUUAUUCCACAAACCGAGUCCUGUACUGGUCCUUAUGGUGGGCCCUGGCCACAUGUGGUUAUAAUCAAGUGGUGAACUAUAUCCAAGUGCUGUGGAACCACGUAGAACCUUCUCAAAAUUUCACAGAAUACAAUGGUGGAGUGGAAGCAGUAUCAACUCUGUUGGGUGCAGCUACAUCUUUUGCAGUUGGCUAUACAAACAUUGACUGGGCUGUCUGGGGGGAGCUGGCUCUGGGCACAUUCUCUGCACUGGAUGCUGGUUGUCUUUAUCUAAUGACCUUCACUAAUAAUAUCUGGAUUUGCUAUGCAGGCUAUGUGGUAUUCAAGUCCUUGUACAUGUUACUCAUAACCAUAGCUACGUUUCAGAUUGCUGCUAGCCUAAGCAUGGAAAGAUAUGCACUGCUCUUUGGGGUCAAUAAUUUUGUGGCCCUUGCACUCCAGACAGUUUUAACAAUAACUGUUGUAGAUUCUAGUGGUCUUGGCUUAAGCAUUGUUACACAGUUCCUUAUAUAUGGAGGCUAUUUUGCACUCAUUGCCAUCAUAUUCCUAAUAAGAGGGACAUACACUGUGAUUACUGAAAGAUGUAAACACAAGAACCACAUUCAGCCUGAAGUCAAUGACCAGCACCAAGGCGGAGGACCUUCGAAAUGCCUUGAUGUGAAGAAACACCCCGAGCGAUUUAAAACACAUGACGACUCAGUAAUACUCCAUGAGAAUACUAAACUCUGAGAGACAGCUGAUUAUGAUGUAACGAAAUUACAGUACAUUUUUAAAAAGGUGCCAAAAUUACUUUUAGAAUGCCCCCAUUACUCCGUGCCUUGUGUGGACUAUGUACUGUGUGGAUUAUUUCCUGCCCGAUCUCAUGAAACUCUCCUGAUGCUUUGCUAGAACCAGCAUUUACCAUCCAUAUGCAUUUUACCAAGAGUGAAUACAUUUUUAUAUAAUUUUUUACAAACUGUAUUGUUAAACUGUUAAUGUGUAUAAUUAUAUAUUCUUGACUAAAUCACCCCUGUUCUUUACUGUUUUACAUGGGUAAAUAAUUAAAUAGAUUGAUAGACUGAUCUGGAACACCACAUUGUUGUGCAUUUGUUAAAAUUGAAGUAAUUCAGUCUCAGCUAUUGCUAUAUAUACACAAAAAAACAACAACAUGACAAUUAAAAAGGAAAUAUUACUUAAAAGGUUAAAAAGCAUGUAAACUUUCUUGCUGCACAAAGGAAUGCACAUUCCAAAUGAAAAUAUUCUUUAACUUUAUUAUCCUUAAAAAGUAGAAUCUAAAAGUAAAAUACAAGGCAGAUGAAAAGUGCUAUUACAAUAUAUAACAAGGAUAAAUGUUUUGUAUGUCAUUACUAUUUCUUUUAACACUAGACCAAUAUAGUCAAGUUUGCAUUAUACAGUGCCAAUAUUUAAACUGAAUUGUACUUGUAAGCAGUGCUAUGCAGCAAAGCCAAACGUGUAAAUAUUUUACAGAGUGAAAUGUCUUCAUUUACAAAUUUUUUUUGUUUUGUUUUUGUUUGUUUUUUUUACAACAUGGUUAAACAUA